AUGAGCAACGCAGCAGCACUAAAACAAGUGUAUACACUUGCAAUUAUCAAACCUGAUAUACUUAUCAAAAAGAAACAAAGUGUUGAUACGAUACUACAGUCAAUAGGUGAACGAUUCACCAUACACAAUGACAUCAAACCAAUCAAUCUAUCAGUUACACAAGCUGAACAAUUCUAUAAUGAUCAUAGAGGUAAAUUCUUUUUUGAAAGAUUAGUAUGUUUUAUGACAAGAGGUCCUAUUGUACCAUUAAUCCUAACAGAAAAGAACAAUGACAAAAAUACAAUCACAAGUUGGAGAGAAUUUAUUGGUCCAACACAUGCUGAAAAUGCAAGAAAAAUAGAAUGUCUAAGAGGUAAAUAUGGAUCAUCGGAUACUUGGAAUGGAUUUCAUGGAUCAGGUUCCAAUGAUGAAGCGACACAGGAAAUCAAUUUCUUUUUCCCAACCUUUUUAAAUGAUACUACCGUUGAUCAUUUCAAAUAA